GUCGUUGUCCCUGAAACAGAGAAGCCGCUUCUCCUGGGCCCACGAAGCAGCUGUCCCAUGCUCUGCUGAGCACGGUGCCAUGCCUCUGCAACUCCUGCUGCUGCUGCUCCUGCUGGGUCCUGGCAGCAGCCUCGGACAGGCGCCCCUGGAAGAAGACUUCUAUGCAAAUGAUGAGGACAAUGAGUAUGAUGGCACCGACCCUCCAGAGGAGCUGAGCAACAGCACAGGGGCCGGGACCCAGAGCCCCAAGCCGCAGGCUGUGAUGGGAGCACUGCGGCAGAGAGAUUCUGCGGGGCCUGGUGCUCCCACGCCAGCCACUCUGGAGGUGACCACAGGGGACUCUGCUGGCCCGGACACAGGAGGGGCAACCAUUGGGACUCUCGGCACGGAACUGGCCACACCGGGGAUUCCCGUCACACUGGUCCCUCUGACCAAAGAACUGGUCACUACAAUCCCUCCCACCACGGAGGCUCCAUCCACAGAGGGGGCUCUGUCCACAGAGCAGGCCACCACGGAGGCAAUGACCAUGCAACCUGCAUCCACGGAGGACCCGUCCACAAUCCAAGCAGACACAGAAGCCCUGUCCACAAGCCCAGCAGCCACGGAGACCCCGCCCACAAGCCCAGCAGCCACGGAGGCCCCAUCCACAAGCGCAGCAGCCACAGAGGCCCAGCCUGUGAAAUCCAUUGUCAUAGAGGCCCUGUCCACGGAACCAGCAGCCACGGAGGCCCCUUCCACAGAGCCCAGGACCACAGAGACCCUGUUUAAGGAUCCAGCCACCACAGAGGCCCUGUCCACAGGACCUGCUACCACAAGGGGUCUAACCACAGCCCUUCCUGUGCCCUCUGACCCUCACAGGGGCACCACCAUGGCUGUCAGCAAUUCGUCGGAUGCCUUCAUCAAACAAUGGAAAAACAGCCAGGGACUCUCCCCCCGGAGCUCCGCGUCCCCCAGCCCCAUGGGGGCCCUGGAUUACAUGCCGGUGAGGCACUGCCUGCUGGCCAUCUUCCUCCUGGCGCUGGUGGCCACCACCUUCCUCGUGUGCACCGUGGUGCUGGCCGUCCGCCUUUCCCGCAGGAAGCACAUGUACCCCGUGCGCAGCUACUCGCCCACCGAGAUGGUCUGCAUCUCGGCCCUGCUGCCCGACGGCGGGGACGGGCCCGCGGCCACAGCCAACGGGAGCCUGCCCGCCACCAAGAGGCCAGGCCUAAAGGAAGGGUCAGGGGGGGAACAUGACGGGGACGACCUCACCCUGCACAGCUUCCUCCCUUAG